CUGAAAACAAGCUGUCCGCGUUAUGCGACGGACAGAUAACAGCUCAGGCUUCACAGACCGGCUCAGGCUUUGUGUAAACUUGUGAUGGAUAAUGAGGUCGAUGUCUUUUACCGGGAGCUGCCCAAAGUGGAGCUUCACGCGCACCUCAACGGCUCUGUCAGCUUCCAAACCAUCGAGAAGCUCAUCAGCCGUAAACCGCAUCUCAACAUCGAACACGGCAUGACCGCCAUAGGGAAAGGCCAGCGGAGGACCCUGGACGAGUGUUUCCAAGUCUUCAAGGUCAUCCAUCAAUUAGUGGACACCGAGGAAGAUAUUCUAAUGGUGGCUACAGAUGUUAUCAAGGAGUUUGCAGCUGAUGGUGUCAAGUAUUUGGAGCUUAGAAGUACACCAAGAGAGGAGAAAAACACAGGAUUGACAAAGAAGAGGUAUAUUGAAACUGUCAUGAAAGCCAUCCAGCAGUGUAGAAAAGAGGGAGUGGACAUCGACGUAAGGUUCUUGGUGGCCAUUGACCGCAGGAAUGGGACUGAAGUUGCCAUGGAGACAGUGAAGUUGGCUGAGGAGUUCAUGCUGUCUUCUGAUGGUUUGGUAGUUGGACUUGACCUGAGCGGUGACCCUACGGUGGGCCAUGGCAGAGACCUCCUUCCUGCCCUACAGAAAGCCAAGAACUGUGGACUGAAGCUAUCACUGCACCUCUCUGAAGUGCCAUCACAGCUGGAGGAGUCAGAUUUGCUGUUAAAUCUUCCUCCAGAUAGGAUUGGUCACGGCACUUUCCUACAUCCUGAAGUGGGUGGAUCUGCAAGCCUCGUUGAAAAAGUGGUGAAGAAUAACAUACCGCUUGAGUUGUGCCUCACAUCAAACAUAAAAGGACAAACUGUGCCUUGUUACGCCCAGCAUCACUUCAAAUACUGGUACCAGAUGGGACACCCAAGUGUGAUUUGUACCGAUGAUAAAGGAGUCUUCUGUACAGACUUGUCUCAGGAAUAUCAGGUGGCAGCCUCCACGUUUGGUCUCAGCCGUGAAGCCGUAUGGAAGCUCUCCCAGAGUGCCAUAGACUGUAUCUUUGCACCUGACAGCCUGAAACAGCAGCUCAAACAGAAGUGGAUGGAUUUACAGCCUCAGGUUUUUAAGUGAGCCAUUGAGUAAAGGCACAAGCCAACCAUAUACCUCAGGUUUCUGUUUGAAACCAUUUCACAUUAAGUUUUUAACAAAUCCUUGUAGCAAUGAUAUUAAUUUAAAGGGAACUUAAAGGCCACAGUGACAAUGUUUGGAAUAACUGAAAGUAAAAUUCACCUGUUUAGUAUAACAAGUGUAUGUGUGUUAUUUUCUACAAAUGUGACAUCUGUGCAGUAGUGCACACAACAUCAAGUAAAAACAUGACAUGUAGA